AUGGCUGGCUCCUCUAGUCAUGAAUACUCCCGGUCUGAUGCCGCUCAUCAGCCCGUUCACGCGUUGUUGCGGGCAGAUGCUGACACAGUAUCAACUGCUCUCACCAACGCUUUGUUCUAUCUUUCAACCCACCCCACCAUUCUCUCCAAACUCCAAUCAGAACUCGACCAUACCUCUCCACAUGGCAUGCAAGACUGGUCAUACGACAAAGUGAGAGAAAUCAAAUACCUAGACUACAUCAUUAACGAGACACUUCGUCUUAAACCCUCAGUCUCCGGUGGUCUUACACGCGUCACGCCGCCGGAAGACCUGCAAAUUGACGACAUCUAUAUUCCGGGUAAAAUGAUAGUGUCUGUUCCCACAUUCACUAUUCAGAGGGAUGAGCGAUAUUUUACCAGGGCAAGAGAGUUCAUUCCAGAACGGUGGGAGGGGAUAAGCAUAGAGAGCGUGCCGGUUAUUCCUUUUUCACAAGCGUGGAUGGAGGGCCGGAUGAGUUUGUCGAUGAUUGCGCUUGAAUAUCACGUUUACAUGGCGGAUGAGGGCCAGGUCGCUUUUGAUGGACAGGAGAGAGAUACCUUUACCCUUGCGUUGCCUGAUUUGUUUGUGGAAUUUAAGCCGCGCAGGUAG